CAGUCGCCAGGCAUAAACAGUCGCUCAGCCGAUCGCUUCUGGCUAGUGUCGCGUUUUCAGUUAUUUUGAUCUUCAUCUAUGGGGAACAUACAAUAAGGAAAAAUAUGUUAAAAUUCUAAUUAAAAAUGAAUAUUUGUGUAACGUUCUCUUUUUGUCAUGAAAUUCCUAUUUUCUGCAACUGUAUUCUUGUCGCGCGUGUACCCGUUUUUCUAUUGUGGAGCACUUUUUUCUAGGGUUGUGAAAUGUCUUACAGUUUACUUCUCUUAGCUUUGGCAAAUGAACUAUUAAAUUUUCAUCUCUAACUGCGCCAAAUACUUAGUAUAUUGUUUUCUAUAUCAACACUUGGCGGAUUUAUUAAAGCGUGUCUAAUCAAAUUAACCGAUGUUAGAUUUUUGUGCUUGAAUAGCCACGAUUUGAUUGAUCUAACAACCCCUCUAGAGCUGGCUGCUUAUUUGCAUAUUAUAUGGAUAUAAGUGCAUUUAGGAGAUUUUUUAUAUGAUAAAUUAGGGAUUUAUUUAUUUUUUUUACUAAUGCAAUCUGUUUAGCUGCGAAUGCGAAGGGGAAGGUUAGGUUUGGGGCAGCGGUCGUCGCAUUUGCUUCGUUCAACUGAAGCUAGCGUAAAUGGAGCAGCAAACGGAUCCGAAGCCGCGCGGAACCGCGGAGGCCAUUCUGAUUACACAGUAUGUGAAUCCGCAAUUGUUCUGCUACGUCAAGUUGGAGCAGCUGCAGACUGUGGGCGGCUAUGUGCGUUCUAUUGAGAAGCGUUUGCCGAAGUUUUGUCGUCCGGAUCGCCAGCGCACCAGUUAUUGGCCGGAUAAAUACGUCAUUGUGCACUAUCGGCCGGUGAAGAAAUUGUUGCGAGGGCUCGUCGUUGCUAGUCCGGCUCGCGAUAGGUUUCUGGUGUGGGCCAUUGACUAUGGCUUCACCAUCAACUGCAGAACGUCGGAUUUGUACCAGUUGCCGUACCACCUGCAUCAGCGCUACAUCAAUGUCGAGUGGGGCGGCAUUCACUGUGUGGUGCCGCACACGGGCGGAUCGUGGUCCAAGGUGGCAGUACGAUUGCUGGACAAGCGCCUGGACGAAGCGAAGCGUCUGAUCUUUAAGCUUCGGCAUUGCAGCGAGGAGCACCAGAACUUGGGUCAGCUGCUGAUGGACGAGCCGCCGGUGGAUGCGGCCAGCUAUUUGGUAAAGAUGCAAUGUGCUCGAAUGGAAAACGUGGAGGUCAGCUUGGAGUUUGCUCGUAGAGUCCAGCAGGUGAACCAAGUAGAUGUGGCGGAGCUGAAUGAGGCAGAUAUUAAGCCCAGUUUACGUGUCCUUGCCGUGCUCCAGCUGGGUGAGGUUGGCUGUAGUCUGGCAACCCAAGUGCAGCCGCAUGUGACCCCAAGCUGUCCGCUUAGCAAAGAGUCCAAGGAAUACUUGGAUUCCAUUUUAAGGAAUCGCUAUCAUAAACUGGGCACCACGACCCGUAACCUCACCUGCCCCUCAAAGCAGCUGGUUAGGUUGGAGGGCCUUUCCCGGAUACGUGAAAAGCUUGCGGUACCCCAAUCAGCAAAGCGUCUCAGCAGAAUUAAGAGCAGAGCCGAUGGCUCCGUAGAUACGGCGCUCUCUCGCCCCACGGAGGCCAACAAGGUUAAUAAACGCAAUGUGGUAACAUAUUACAAUAAGAGCCUAGAAGAGAUCAAUAAAAAUAAGACGGAUGCUGAAGACCAGUCGAAAAAUCCGUCCCGCAAAGUCGGCUUCAAUCUGGAUGUGCAUGAACCGUCCUCAAGUGCGAACAGAGGGGAACAUGAUACUGAUUCCUUGCCUAUAAUCCAACAGCUCCCCGAAAAACCAACAGAAGUCCAGAAACCCUCAACCAAUGAUAAACUGCAGCUUCUGAGCUAUGGCCUAAGUCAUUUAUCCUCGGAAAAGAAUCCUUCAUCCAAGUCUGCCUAUUUGGAGAGUACACGCGAACGCAAGUUCGUCAAAACCAUUCAGCCCUAUCCGAAUAAAGUGAUUUGUGUCUACGAUAGAUCUGUGAAGAGGGACUCAAUGAGUGCAAGUCCGGUUCAGACUUCAUCUCCCAAUUUGAAUAUACUAAAGCAAGUUAAUAGAAUAUUCAUCCCGAAAGCCAUUAUGAGCAGUGAAAAUCAACCUAUCCGACCGGAUAUAACAAAAGCCAUUCCUGAUUCAUAUAAAAAUACGAACGUUUUUACGAAGCCGGAUAAUCUUGGACACUACACGUUGAGCAAGGAAUCUAUUAAGCCAACUCAAGAGUCGUCUUCGAAGCUAGAUCUAGAUAAGCUGGAGCGUAUCUAUAAGGAAUACUCAAAUUCAAAUAAUAAACCGCCAGUGUCUAACAAUUCGCUUGAGCUGCAGCGCAUCUAUAAUGCAAUCCGUUUGCCCGUCGAGACUAAUGCAAUAGCCCCGAAGAUCUGCAGUCUGGAGAACCAAGUGCUGGCGCACAGCAAGAUCCCGGUGCAGCCGGUGCGUAGCUUAGGCAACUCGCUGUUCUGCCCGGAGGUGCUGCUAGCCAUGCAGGCGAUGAAUAUGAAGCCCACGCAGGCCACGCAGCGCUACGCCUGGCCGCACCUGAUGCAGGGCCAUUCCCUGGUGCUGGUGGAUCGCAUUGGCAGCGGUCGCUCCUGGUGCUACUUGCCCACGCUCUGCUCCCAAGUGGUAAGCUCGAUGGGAACGACGGGCAGUGGCGUCAGUCUGGGUCCUGUGGCACUGCUGCUGGCCGACUCCGUAGCCAACGCCCAGGCGUUGUUCCAUCAGUGCGAUCAACUGAUGACUGGCCACAAGACGAAUAUCCUGAAGGUGGUCAACUCACAUGCGCACUCUCGCCAGAAGUUGCGACUGCGACUGCUCAAUUCCUGCGGAAUCCUGAUCACAACGCCCACCCACUUGAAGCAGCUGCUGCAGGAUGAGAUGCAGCUGAUCGAUCCACGUCGCCUGAAGCACUUCAUCAUCGAUGACUUCGAUCGCAUUUACGCGGCUCAGUCUGUUCUGCUCAACGAGUUGCUGCAAUUGCUGCAGAGCAUUUCCAAGCUCCGACUGCAAUUGGUGCUCAUCGCCCAGCAGUGGCAUGGAAAGGUCUUUCUCGAGCUGUUGAGGCGCUUCGACGAUAAUCCUCUGCUGCUCUUUGGCGACUUCCUCGAGGCAGCUGUCUAUGGCCGAGUCAAACUCAAUGUGGCUGUGCUGCGUAGCAAUAGGAAGAUCGCACAGCUGCUCGACUAUUUGGCAGCUCAACAUCCUCUGGAGAGACGCACAAUCAUCUACUGCAAGGACGAGAAGGAGUUGGCUGUGCUACGGAAGGCGUUGACUGAGGCGGGCUACGACUGCCUGGAGUCCAUUGAUGCGGCUAGGCAGCAAGUGAAACAGUUGCUAUUGGCCACGGAUGCAGUGCAGCAGACUCCCCUGCCUCCGGGCAAUUUUGAGCUAAUGAUUCACUACAGCUUGCCCGAUUCUUGGUCCAAGUUCUCGUAUCGCUUUCAUGUUUUCAGCGAGAAUAUUAACAACUGUCUCUUGGCCCAAAAGCUGACUACGAAAAUCGUCUCCUUCGUGAUCCUGGACGAGAGCAAUAGCCACGAGCUGCCGCGUCUGGUGCAGUUCUUUGAGGCUCACGACUUUGAGAUGAGCGAGCAGAUGCAGCAAAUGGUGGCCAGCUGUCGCCAGCUGAUAGACGAAAGUCGCCAGCUCUGCCCGCAAAUUCUGCGCAGCGGCGAGUGCGUUCAGCUGUACUGCAACCGGAGGCAUCAUCCAAUCCGUGGGGAUUUCCAGCGGCCCGGCCAGGCUGCUCUGUGGCAACCAGGCACUGUGGUGCGCGGCAACCUCAUCAAGGUCUACGAUCCGGUGCACUUUGCCAUUAUGCCUGUCAGCUUCAGGAGCAGCGAGAGCCUCUCCUGGCAGCAUGCCCCAAAUAUGACCAUCCUGCGCAAGCUUAGCACCGCGCUCGACCUGCACAUGAGCAUUGGGCAGAAUCGCCGACCGAAGCGAAAACUGAAUAUGUCCGACGUAUGCGUUCUGCACCGCCGACUCAAAUACCAGCGGGUUCGAAUUGUGGAUUUGUCCGAGCGCCUGGUGAUUGUGCAGCAAAUGGACGAGGGCACGGAGCUGCUGAAGGUACAAUCUAUGGAGCUAUUCGAGUGUGAUGGACGUUUCGCAGUGGACCCACCGUUGGCCAUGGACGUUCGUCUGUGUGGACUGAUGCCACCCGUUGGCGAGGGCGACUGGCAGAAGGAGGCGACGGCGUGGGUGACGAAGCUGCUGAGCAACCUCAAUGAAAACCAACAUUUGCAAUUAACCGUAGAGCUGAGCAUGCUCAAUGUGGUCUACGCGAAUGAUAUGGCCGUGCUGCAGGACUGUCCAGCGCUACAAACGAGUGUGAAGGCUACGCAACUGUACGAUGAGCUGAUCCUUCGGAACUAUGCAAAAUCUAAUGAGCAAAUCAUAAAAAACUUGCACAAGCUGCAUGUCGAGGUGGUGAACGAGCAGACGCGAUUUCAACAAGAAUUGUCUUGUUUAGAGGCUGGCCCAAGGGCAGACGACGAGCAGGUGAAGCAGAAUGAGCUGGAACAAGACAAAGCUAAGCAGGAUGAGGGCCUUGAAGAGAUACCCAAAGGCACAGACUGCGUAGAGAAUGGCGGGCUAAUGCAAUCCGCUUCCAGUUCCCAGAUAAAUUCCUUAGAUAAAUACUCGAAUGAAAAUGUAAAGGAGAUGUCAACUAAGUCCGAGGGGAUAGAGCUUCAACACGAUAACAAAUCCCCAGAUGAAAACCUUGAUAAUACGAAGGAUGAGUCAGAGAAGAUUGAUACAGAUAUAAAUAUCGAGAAAGAAAACGAUUGCCCAGCCAACCACUUGAUUAACAAGGAUGCACUAGCUCCCAAGGAAUUGAUUGAAAUAACUGAGCUUCAAGAGGCGCCAUCCCACUCAAGUGACUCAGCGUACCUCAAGGACAGCAUGUAUUCAUUUAUGGAGAUUUUGCUAAAGGAUCUGAAUUCCGAUGAUGCAGCGCUUCAAGAGUCAGCCAAAAAUAUGAUGGAAGAAAUACUGGCAACUGAUAAGACGAGCCCCCAAAAACCAAAUACUCCUAUAUUGGAAAGCAAUGGCGAUAUAUUGCCAAAGUCCAAGCUACAGUUAACACACGCUAGGUUGGCAAGUGCCUUAUGCUGUGCCGCCGUCGCCGACAAUGCAGUGCGUCCAAGGGUGUCCUGGCAUCAGACUCUGCUGCAGCUAGAGCUCAUCAUCGAGCAGGAAGUGCCACAAUACCAGCUCGUGCAUCGGGACAAUGUCCUCUUCUAUCAGGUCACCGCGACGACGCCGCCGCAACGCUGCAUACUCAAUCUGCUGGGCGAGGUGAAGAUAUUAUCGGAGCGGCAGCACGGCUAUCGGCUGCGCAUUAAACUGGCCAAGGUUGGCCUCCAUGUCUACUGGCCCACUUUGCUGGACUCUUUGUCUGCGCAGCAGCACUGUCAUUGGCUGGUCUAUGACACGGAGCGCGCCAAGAUUCCGCACUCCAACACGGGUCGCAUACAUUGGAUGCGCUACAUCCGCAAGCAAUAUGUUCAUCAGGACGGCGAAAGCGACGAUGGUGACGAUUGGCCAUCGGAUGACCGGAAUGAUUUGUCGGACAUAGAUGUCGGUAUAAACGAAACUGCAGAUAUAUAGAAACUCUAUAAUAGAGUCAUAUAUCAAAUACUUUAUAAACUAUGUUCGCUUCUCUUUACUUUUUAUUCAUACUGGAGCUGCAUGAUUUUUUGUUUCUUUCAUAAAUUUGUAAAUUUAUAUGCAAUUCCUUAUUUAUUCCACCAAGAAUUAUAAACACACAUCUUAAAAGUUUGUAUACAUUUUUACCAAUUU